AUGGGUCUCAAGUCUUCACUGGCGAGCUUGCUCCUCGCCGUUCCUGUACUCCUGGCCCAUCCGGGCCACGAGGAAGUCUACGCGCAGGGGCCCGAGCCUCGCUCGCUGGAUCAUUGCAAGAGAGCCUUCUCGCAAGACGAAUUUGUCAAGCGGACCAUUGAGCGCCAUGGCGAGGAGUAUCUCAGACUGAGACGAGCUCUCAACCUCGAGUCUCAUGACAGUCCCAAGAUCCACAAGCGCGACUACAUCUCUGUGUCGCGCAUUGACCACAAGAGCAACAAGACGGUCACCGCAAACACAGACCCGGCUACCCUCUUCACCGACGCUGGUGCCUGCAUUCUGAUGCCUGCCGUCGACCAGGGCCCACUCUACGUCAAGGGCGAGCAGGUUAGAAAGGAUAUCACCGAAGGCGAGGCUGGGCUGAAGAUGACAUUGGCCAUCCAAGUGGUGGACUACAAGACCUGCGAGGUCGUGCCCAACGCCUACGUCGACAUCUGGAGUUCUAACUCGACGGAACAGGGCACCUAUGUGGGCGUGCAGGGCUAUCCGGGAAUGGGUGAUCCCAAGGACGCAUCGAUUCUGAAGGGAACGGCCCUUCGUGGUGUGCAGCCCACCGACGACCACGGUAUUGCUACCUUCGACGGCUUGCUACCUGGUCACUACGAGGGACGUGCAACUCAUAUCCAUGCUAUUGUCUACCUGGGUGCCAAGAAGGAGGCCAACAACACCAUCACCGGAGGCAAAGCCGCCCAUGUCGGCCAGCUCUAUUUCGACCAGAGUCUCCUGGCGGCUGUCGACAAGCUCGAUCCAUACAGCACCAACAAGAUGCGUGUGGUGAAAAACACUGCCGACUUCCUGUUUAUGCAGGGCGCCAAUGGCGACGACCCCAUCGUCCGCUACGCCAUCACCGGCAACAGUCUCUCCGACGGCCUGUUUGCGUGGAUCCGAUUCGGCGUCAACACCAACAACAACCUUCCGGUGAGCCCUGCAGCCUUUAUGACCUCCUCCGGUGGCGUCAUGAACCCCAACGGCCCCGUGGCCAAGAUGAACCAGGGUGGGUUUGGCGGUGGCUUCGGCGGUGGAGGAUUUGGUGGCGGCUUCGGUGGCGGCUUCGGCGGUGGCCGGAAGAACAAGGCUCGUGCCGAGAUGAGGGCCGCUGCAGAGGCUACUGCUGAGGAGCACGGCGCAUAG